AUGUCUUCCAGCGAUAUUCCUAUCCAACUCCAAACCGCAGCGAUCCACGACGCCCAAAUCUCGCUGCCCGCCGCGCUCAUAGGAAGUUUCUUACUCGGGAUAUUUACGUUGCUCGUGGCAUUCUCGGCAUACAUAUUCUGGCACAAGGGCUUGCGCACUCGCACUCAUGUGGCAAUGCUCGUCCUGAUGCUGAUCAUGUACGGCUUCGCGGCAACUGCCUGGGGAAUCAGGGUAGCAUCUCUGGUACAAGCUGUGGGGCACCCGGGAAAAUAUGCGAUCCUGGAUGCGCAGUCGGUCGGCAUGGAGAGCCAGAUCCUCCUAGUCUGCGAAUCUCUAAACAUUGUAUUGGGCGACGUCAUCGUGGUCUGGAGAACAUGGACGCUAUGGUCGGACAAGUUCAGAGCUAAACGGAUAGUGGGCGGUAUACCAUGCAUACUCAUACUGGGUACAAUAGGAUGCGGAGUAUAUGAAUUCGUGAGCGAAGAUAGAAACGUCACUAGCACCAAAUACUCGACAGCCGCUGGAUUCGAUGAUUAUAACGCACCAGACCCGGUUUACGAAACCUGGCCUGGAAAGACUAGCGCUAUUCUUAGUGGAAUACUGAAUGUCUGGUGCGAGGUGUUCGUUGUCGUCGUAACGUGGCAUCUGGGCAAUAUGCGCAAGUCUGUAGGUCGUCAUCGGUACGACAGCCGGACAGGAAUGGCUCUCCUUUUGCUCUCGCUCUGUGGUGCGAUUUAUUGCAUCUUCUGGAUCUACUGGGUCGUCGAUAGUAUCUCUAAUACUGGUCCCAACCUGAACGCGACCCUACUCCUUGGCAAUAAUGCCGCCGCUGUACAAGUCAAUGGGAUAUACCCAACCUUCGUUAUGGUGAGCGCGUCACUACAACAGGUCAAUACUGUUAGUUCGGACGAGGCGACACCAUCUUCUCCCACUCGAAGGGACCCUCAUGUCAUCUCCGCCGCACUACACUUCGAUGUCAUUUCGCAAGACACUAGCUCUUCCUCAGAACCAUAA